AAGUUAAGUCUGGGGUUUAAUAUCCGACAAAUAACCUAAAAUUAUUUGAAGGAUUGAAAGCUAUGCUUUGAUACUUAUUCCACGCAGGACCAUCUGACAGUGAUGGCACGGUCCACCGUUUAAGUCGAUAAAGAUCACUCAUACUCUGCUCUCACAGAAGUCAUUAAUUCUUCUUCAGAGGUUCAUGUCUUAGGCUCUGCAAGAGCUGUGGAGAGAAGUUACAGGGCGAGAUGUUACGUGUGAAAGUUUGUAUAUUGGCAUUUGUUCUGGCUGUUUCACUUUGUUGCUUCACACUUGUUGUCGCUGCAGCAGAGAAUACCAAUCCAUCGGAAGUCAAUGCAUUACGAGCUAUCAAGAGUAGCUUGAUUGAUCCUAUGAAGCAUCUUGAUAGUUGGGAUAAGGGGGAUCCAUGUACAUCAAAUUGGAAUGGCGUUUUCUGCUUUGAUACAGUUGGAGCAGAUGGCUACAUGCAUAUACAAGAAUUGCAUUUGCUAAAUAUGAAUCUCUCUGGAUAUUUAGCACCUGAAAUUGGUCAGCUAUCCAAUAUUACAGUAUUGAAUUUUAUGUGGAAUAAUAUCGGUGGGAGUAUACCGAAGGAGGUUGGGAAUAUUUCAACUUUGUGGCUCUUGCUUUUGAAUGGAAACAAUUUAUCAGGUUCCUUACCUGAUGAACUUGGCCAUCUUCCUCAACUGGAUAGGUUCCAGGUAGACCAAAACCAAUUAUCAGGACCAAUACCAAAAUCAUUCUCAAAUUUAAACAAAAUUCGACAUCUCCACUUUAACAAUAACUCUUUUUCCGGGCAAAUUUCAACUGAGAUUUCCAAACUACCAGAUCUUCGUCACUUGAUUCUAGACAAUAAUAACUUAUCAGGGCAUCUUCCACCAGAGUUGUCUAACACGCCAAACUUGCGGAUAUUACAACUUGAUAACAACCACUUUGAUGGGGCUGAGAUUCCAGCUUCUUAUGGCAACAUGCCAAAGCUAUUCAAAUUAAGUCUUAGGAACUGCAGUUUGCAAGGUUCUAUUCCUGAAUUAAGUGGGAUGAAAAAACUUCACUAUUUAGAUCUUAGCAGGAAUCAUUUGACUGGAUCCAUACCAUCAAAUAGGCUAUCCAUUAAUAUCACGACUAUUGAUUUGUCAAACAACCAUCUUAAUGGGUCAAUACCUGCAAGUUUCUCGGAUCUUCCUAUACUGCAGAACCUUUCACUUGCGAACAAUUUGCUGAAUGGCUCUAUUUCUUCUACCAUUUGGCAGAAUAAGUCCUUUGGUCCGACUGCAAGACUCACAUUGGAUUUCCAAAACAAUUCCCUUUCGAACAUUUUGGGGGACCGUAAUCCUCCUGCGAAUGUCAGCAUAAGGCUUCAAGGCAAUCCUUUCUGUAAAAAUGCAAGUCAAGCAAACAUAAACUACUUCUGUGGAUAUAAAGUUGGAGGCAGCAAUGCAAGCAGCAACUCAGCCAACCAAUCAAGUGUUUGUCCGAUCCAAGAAUGUCACUAUGAAUAUGUCCCCGAAUCUCCUUUAAAGUGCUUUUGUGCAGCCCCUCUUCAAAUUGAUUAUCGUCUAAAGAGUCCCAGCUUCUCAUAUUUUCCUCCUUAUGAAGAUCAAUUUGAGAUGUACCUGGCUGAAUCCCUCAAUAUGGAUCCUUAUCAUAUCUUUGUUAAUUUUUCUAUCUGGGAAGGUCCCAGGCUAAGGAUGUGCUUGAGGAUUUUCCCUACGUACCCGUCACAUGAAUUAAAUAUGAGUGAAGUUCUACGAGUCUGGCGCAUAUUUGUGACAUGGAAAUUUCCUCCUAACGACUUUUUUGGGCCAUAUGACCUGCUCAACUUCACUCUUGUGUGGCCUUAUCCUAGUGUGGCUCAAAGGUCAGGGUUAAGCAAUGGUGCAUUGGUUGGCAUUGUAUUAGGGUCAGUUGCUUGUGUAGCUUCUAUAACUGGUCUCUUUGCACUUCUAUAUGGCAUAAGAAGACGGGUGACAAGCUACCGUCUCUUGUCAAGAGAACGAGCAACAUCAAGUUUAAUUAAAAUUAAUGGUGUGAAGGACUACACUUUAAAAGAAAUCACUCUUGCUACAGACAAGUUCAGUGGCGCAUCUCAAGUUGGUCAAGGAGGUUAUGGGAAGGUUUACAAAGGGAUCCUACUAGACAAGAAAAUUGUGGCUAUAAAGCGUGCACAGGAAGGAUCCUUACAAGGUCGAAAGGAAUUCUUAACAGAAAUAGAAAUUUUGUCGAGGUUGCAUCACCGAAACCUAGUUUCUUUGCUUGGAUAUUGUGAUGAAGAAGGAGAACAGAUGCUGAUUUAUGAAUUCAUGCCUAAUGGCUCAUUGCAGGAUUGGCUUUCUGGUAAAAUCUCUACACCAGUUCCAUGGUUUCGUCAAAUGCUCAUUGUGUUUAAUCCAUGCCACAAUAUGUCCUUUGCCAAUACCAGUCAAUUCUUUUUAGAUUAA